AUGGCUAAACCUUAUCCACAAUUCGGAAUCGGUGGGAGGCCGUUGAAAGUGAAUCAAUUAACAGAAGAGGAAUUAGAUGAAUUGGCAAACUUCCAGCCCAGUAUCACUUACGGAAAAACGAAACAGGCACCUCCAUCUGAGUUUGUUCCGGCUCAUGUUGCUCUGGAUAAAAAGGUUUUGCGGUUCUACGGGUUUUUCAAGGAAACCGUCAAUGAAUCACCUCAAGAACAUUACAGAGUUCGACUAGUGCAAAUAAUUUAUUUUCUUGAAGACGAUAGCAUGUUGAUAAUGGAGCCUCCACAAAAUAAUAGUGGUAUUCCACAAGCAAAAGAUUUCGUAAUUCUAAUGAUUGCCAUCGCCUCCAAAAGCCUCAGUAUGGUCAGAGACGUGUAUGGAAUAUAUAUAUAUAUGCAUUCUAAAAAUUGGACUCAGUUAAUUAAAAUUAAAACUGAUUUUGUUUUACUACCCACAGGCAAACUUGUUCGUCGACAUCGCAUUCCGAAAAAUGAAGCCGGAGAGCCGUACAACUGGAGGGAUUUGAAUUUGGGCAUCAACAUAACUGUUUACGGUCGUGUCUAUCGCAUCACAAAUUGCGACAAGUUCACUCAUGCAAGUGUGAUUGUUAACGACCCUGAACGCGAACCGGAGGAUCCGUAUUUGGCCGAACGGGCACGACGCGAGACACUGGUCACCAGCAAAACGCCCAGUUCAUUCGACAAACGCAGACAACAGUUUGAGCUGGAUCGGAAAGUUCUUCGAUUUUAUGCUGUGUGGGACGAUCGAUCUGAACCGUUUGGUGAAUGUCGCAAAUUUUCUAUUCAGUACUAUUUGUGCGACGAUACAAUGGAAGUUCGAGAAAUUCACACGGUCAACGAUGGCAGAGACCCGUUUCCUUUGCUGAUUCGACAGAAUUGUCUUACUGUGAUGAUAACCUACCUAUACACGGUUCCGGGCUUUUAUUGCUUCAUUUUUCAGACCUUUUUUAUUCUUUCUCUUUCAACAGAAGAAGAAGUAAAAGAAUAUUUUCAACCAAGCGAUUUCCGGAUCGGACAUUCUGUGAACAUAUUGGGCCGAAAAUUCCUCAUCUAUGACUGUGAUAACUUUACCAAAGCAUGGUAUUAUCAGAAUUUCGGACUGACCGAUUUCAAACCAGUGGAUGUGGAAAUUGAAAACGUGGAAGUUCCGAAAAAGGAAAUGCCGCCCUACACGGGAUACGGCAGUCUGGAGGACAGUUUGGCUGCGAUCAAAUCAUUCGUUCCGAAACCCCCAAAAGUGGACUUUGCCAAACAGGUGGAUUACGCGACCAAGAUGUUACGCUAUGAGGCGAGACUAGAUAGUAGCCGACCAGAAGAUGCCUCGAGACGCUUCAUCUUAUCUUACCGUCUAUGUGAUGAUAUGAUAUCCAUCUACGAAACACCAAUACGUAAUUCGGGAUUCCCCGGAGGCACUUUUCUCAGACGAGCUCGGAUAGCCAAACCCGGGAGUACCGUGGAGAAUCCGGUUUACUACGGCCCAGCCGAUUUUUCACUUGGAUCGAAAAUUGAAGUUUUCGGGAGUCGUUUUAUCAUCACUGAUGCGGAUGUGUUUGUGAUCAAAUUUUUGGAAACCAAUCGCGACCAGUUUUCGGAUGAAUUGAUCCAGUGCUGGAGAGCUCGCAUUACCGAGAAAGAGGCAGAGAAUCGUGCAAGGAAACAGGCAUUGGAACGACGUGCCAAAGGUGGUCCGGUCGAACUGCGUCGACAUGAAGGCGAUGUGUGUGAUAUUGUUCAGGAAUUCCGGACUCAACUGAAGAAAAUGGCUAUCACAGACAAGGCUCGAAAAGAUGAUAUGUUCCUACGAUAUAACAAAGAUCGUCUUGGAUUCAUCGAUAUUGAAUGUUUGAAGGAUAUGUGCAAAAAGCUCCAAUUGCCUCCAGAUGAAGAAGUACUAACCGAGGCAAGUUUAUUAUCUCACAGAAGUCUCCGGUUUCACCUUGCCACAUGCUCCUACUCAUAA